GGUGUAAAAAAGUUGAAAUCUUUUUGGCUUGGCGUUCUGGAUCGAAAUGGCGUCUCAUGACUCAAGCGCCAAAGGAAAUAAUGAUUACGUUAAUCAGUUGGUUAAAGAGCAAGAAUCUUUAAACCCGCAACUUACUCAUGCAUAUAAGCUUUUGCAACAAGAAAUUGAUCGUGUUCGCAAUGAAUCAGGAGAUGAUUCCCAAAGAAGGGAUAAUCAAAUUGUUGUGCACACUGGAAAGCAGAUACGUUUGAAAGUUAAGGUUCACAUUCCAGUUGAUGAACAUCCUAAUUUCAACUUUGUUGGCAAGUUGUUAGGCCCAAAAGGUAGUUCUCUGCAGCAACUGCAAGAAGCUACGCAAACUAGAAUGGCCAUUCUGGGCCGUGGAUCUAUGCGAGAUAAACGGAAGGAAGAGGAAUUAAGAAAUCAAGGGGAUCCUAAAUAUGCUCAUUUGAAUGAAGAUUUGCAUGUUGAAGUGUCGGCUUAUGCUCCACCAGCAGAGGCCUACAGAAGAAUAUCACUUGCCUUUGCAGAACUACAACGCUUCCUUGUACCAGAUAAUGCUAACCCCUUCAACCAGGGGCAGGAUUAUUAUGAUGAAAUGCGACCACCUCAGUUCAUGAAUGAUGGUAAACCAAAGCCACCUUUCCCUGGCGAAGGACCUCCACAUAUGGCACCUAGAGGUGGUCCACCCCAUCCUCCAAGACCUAUGGGUCCUCCUAUGAUGCAAGGCCGAGAGCCUCCCAGACGUACUGGUAUGGUGCAGAGUACAUAUGCAACCCCAGAAGCUGAUGAAUGGGCAGCACCACGUCCUACACCUCCUAGGCGUGGUGGUUACAAUUCUGCUACUCCUCCUGCACGAGCAGCUAGACCUUAUGAAGAACCAGUAAGCGAGUACAAUAAUUAUGGAGAUGGCUAUGGAGACUACAAUUCUGGAAAUGCAGCAUCUUAUUAUGAUUAUACUGCUGAUCCAGAACCCAGUUAUGCUGAUGGAUAUGGGGAAGAUAACCGUGGACCAAUGAGAAAUGCAGGCGGAGCCAGGGGGCGAAGCAAUGCCAGGGCUCAGAGCCAUCCUUAUGCAGGUGCCACUCGACGUGGCUAUUAAAUCUUCAUACCCUUACAUUUUGUUUUUACCAUCAUAGUACUGUUCAUGGAUCAUAAUUGGAAGUCAGUAGUUUCACUGUAAGACAAUGGUCUAAAUCUGAUCAAGCAUUUUUUCUGUGGACGCAUGAAUUCCAAAACAACCAAACUGACUUGUUUAUUUCAUGUUGCUUUAAGCUGUCAUUUUAACAUCAAUUAUAAAUAAAGUGAAUUUCAAAAAAAAAGUGAAAAGAUA